AGUUAAAGUUGAGAUAAAAAUCAAGCUCUUAUCUUAAAGACAGAAACUGCUCAGAGUGUUGGAAAGGAAAAAUACAAGUAGCCUACCUAAGUAUGAAUGUCUAAAACAACACAUUUAGGUUACACGGCUUACUCUGGAGAGCAGCAGAACGUACAUUAUUUAUAUCAGAAUAUAUAUUAUUUUGCAAAGUAAUGCAGAAUCGGUUUCUAGAAGAGAGAAAUGACAGCACACGUGUGAUUGUGCAGCUGAUAUGUCAUUCAAAUCCCCACCAAUCGUGGCAGAGGCAGUGAAAGCUGAAGAUCGUGUGUCAGACUGAGCUCACCAUCGGUCUGCAGCAGAGCCAGAGCUCAUUCAGAGGAGCAUCUUCACACACCUACAGCAAUGAGGGAGAUCGUGCACAUUCAAGCCGGACAGUGCGGCAAUCAGAUCGGAACAAAGUUCUGGGAAGUCAUCAGCGACGAGCACGGCAUCGAUGCAGCCGGCAACUAUGUGGGUGACUCAGCGCUGCAGCUUGAGAGAAUGAAUGUAUACUACAACGAGGCGUCCUCUCACAAGUAUGUUCCCAGAGCCAUACUGGUGGACCUGGAGCCUGGAACUAUGGACAGUGUUCGUUCUGGGGCAUUUGGACAGCUGUUUCGACCAGACAACUUCAUCUUUGGACAGACAGGUGCAGGAAACAACUGGGCCAAGGGCCACUACACGGAAGGAGCCGAGCUGGUGGACUCAGACGUUAAAGUCGCGGUGUGCGACAUCCCACCCAGGGGACUUAAGAUGUCCUCCACUUUUAUCGGCAACAGCACCGCCAUCCAGGAGCUCUUCAAGCGCAUUUCUGAGCAGUUUUCGGCAAUGUUCAAACGCAAGGCCUUCCUGCAUUGGUUCACCGGAGAGGGAAUGGAUGAGAUGGAGUUCACCGAGGCCGAGAGCAAUAUGAAUGACCUGGUGUCGGAGUAUCAGCAGUACCAGGAGGCUACGGCCAACGAUGGCGAAGAAGCAUUUGAGGAUGAAGAGGAAGAGGUGAACGAAUGAACGACAGAUGCAGUUUUGCAGUUUUUUGGUUGUUUUUUAAGCUGUGAUUUUUACGUUUUGUAUGUGGAUGACUGAAGUCCUAGUAAACAAAGCGUGCUUGCAAUAAAUGCUU